UGUGGACUUGGGUGAUAACUGUUACUUCAAAUGGUGUUAAGUGAUCCUAACCUCACUUCUGCCCCUAACACACUUAACUAGGCCUAAAAAGUACACCCAUAGGAAUAGAAGAGGUGCUGAAAGUGCUCGUAAAUAAGGUGCUGGAGGGAAACUUUGUGUGGACUUGGGUGAUAACUGUUACUUCAAAUGGUGUUAAGUGAUCCUAACCUCACUUCUGCCCCUAACACACUUAACUAGGCCUAAAAAGUACACUCAUAGGAAUAGAAGAGGUGCUGAAAGUGCUCGUAAAUAAGGCCUGGUGGUGCUACCCUCAUCACCACCACCACAACUCCUCGGAAAGGUGGUGAAAGGUGGUUUAAGUUAGUCGGAGUUGGCCUGUAUCACCACUUAAACCACCACUACACCUACUGAAGACUGGUUGUGUGGUGCUAUCUUCAUCACCAUCACCACCACCACCAUCACCACAAUAUGUAUCCUUCAUCUGGCACCCUACGCACCCUCUCUCGGCACCUUUGAUAUGAUACGGCACUGAGGUUCGGUACUCUACAAAAUGCCGAGGACUUGACGGACAGUGCCAGAGAGAGUGAGAGAGAGAAAAAGACGUGUACCUGUGCCGCCCUAUCACCUGUGUCAUUAGGGUCAUGGAGUGCCAGAAACGCUAAUUGACAGGUGAUGUGAAGUGCCUUACCUGACGUACCAAAUGCCGCCCAUCCAUCACAGUGCCUUAAACAGUGCCGUGUGGCCCCCCCGUGUGUGCCAGUGAUCCCUCCGUCCCCCCAUUACACGCACACACACACACACACACACACGCACACGCCAGCAAGAUGGACGAGAGGCUGAAGGAAUUGCUGCAUAUCUACCGUAAUAAGUUUGCUCAGAUUGAUGCUGAGCGGAUCAUCCCCUUCCUGCGAGACACGGGCCUGGUGACAGCCGAAGACCUUGAUGUCAUCCGCCGGCAGCCGUCCCCGGGCCAGAGGAUACACACCCUCCUGGACAUACUGCCGGCCAAGGGGUUCCAGGCUUUCCAGACGCUGUGCCUGGCCCUGGAGACCACCUACCCACACCUGCUCACCAUCAUGCUCAUCGGGGCCUCGCAGCGCACGCCACUCUACAUCUCCAGACAGAGUGAGUGUUAAACCUUGCCCUGAGAGAGAGAGAGAGAGGGAGAGGGAGAGGGAGAGACUGGUAAGUGAUCCUGUUGUUCUUUCUCUCAUGUGUUGCUGUCCAUGUGUUUAUGAUAUUUUGUGUUGCUUGUGUGUUGCAGUGACAUAGACAGACCGAGGUAAGUGGAGGAGGAGGAGGAGGAC